AUGUCGGCACAGCCUUACCCUCCGAACCCCAUAAAGAAAGGCUCCAAUAGUCCGAUUUUCUUCUCUCUGAACGUUCGCAAUACAUUCGCACUUAUUGUGGUCCCCCUUGGAGCAUGUCUCACCAUCCCUUGGGUCCCUGCCAAUAGGAAGACGUGGUUGUUUGGAAUAUUCUAUGCAUAUUUGAGAUCCUUUGCCAUUGUGACGGGAUACCAUCGCCUCUGGGCUCACAAAACAUACACUGCCAGUACAGCUUUGAAGCUGAUAUUCGCUCUCCUUGGCGCAGGGGCGGGGCAAGAUCACAUCAAAAAAUGGGCUCGCGAUCACCGUGCACACCAUAGAUAUGUCGACACUGACCAAGACCCUUAUAAUGUCAAGCAAGGUUUCUUCUAUGCCCACAUGGGAUGGAUCCUAUUUGAAAACAACGAAACAUCCAAUACCGGCUAUGUGGAUAUUAGCGACCUUAAAUCCGACCGAAUCGUGCAAUGGCAGCAGAAAAACUUCGUGCUGUUAUUUAUCAUCAUGGGCUAUCUCGUCCCCGCAAUAAUUUGUGGGCUUGCUUAUGGUGACUUUACCGGAGGGCUCAUAUAUGCUGGCUGUAUUGCCACUGCUCUACAACAGCAACUCACAUUCUGUGUGAAUUCAGUGGCUCACUGGAUUGGAGAUCAGCCGUACACCGAUGCGAAAUCGGCGAGGCAAAUUCCUUGGGCCACUGCGAUCCUGCUCAAUGGGGAAGGAUAUCAUAACUACCAUCAUGAAUUCCCGACAGACUACCGAACAGGGAUUCAGUGGUACGACAUUGAUCCGGGCAAAUGGUUGAUUUCGCUUUAUUCUUUCAUUGGGCUUGCCUCCAACCUGAAGAGUAUUCCGCAAAACGAGAUCAAUAAAUCGGUCCUGCAACGGAAACUUCAACUGCUAGAGAAGGAAGGUGAGAAAGUGAACUGGGGAAUCCCUCUUGAUGAACUGCCUGUCUGGAAGUGGGAAGAUUAUGAACAAGAGGCGAGGACUGGGCGCAAUCUGAUUGUUAUCAGAGGGGCUGUCCACGAUGUAUCGGCCUUUGUGAAUGAGCACCCCGGCGGGCCAGCAAUGAUCGCAGGAGCUAUUGGGAAAGAUGCUACUAAGCUAUUCGAAGGGGAAAUCUAUCGACACUCUAAUGCGGCAUCAAACUUGCUUGAUCAAAUGAGGAUAGCCUUGAUUAAGGAAAGCUAA